CACUGUGGCUGCAUUUUGUUCUGAAGAAAAGGUCCUUGACCUUUAUGCUAAUGAGCUUCUUGAUCCCUCUAAACGCUCAUUUAAACGAGGCCAAAUUGUUGGCAUAUUCUAUGGCGUUUCCCAGUUCUUUAUUUUCUAAUCUUAUGGUCUUGCCUUGUGGUAGAUGUUUUAACUUUAUUCUGUCUUAAGUAGGCUACUUGUAGGAUUAAUGUCUUACCAAAUGCUGGUUACAUUUGUGCUCAGAGUGUAAACUUUUUGCAGGUAUGGAUCUACUUUGAUGGAAAAGGAGCUUGCAAGCUUUAAAUCAAUUAUGAAGUCAUUUAUGGUUUUGAUAGUAACAGCUCUGGCUAUGGGGGAGACUUUGGCCCUUGCCCCAGACCUUUUGAAAGGGAACCAAAUGGUUGCAUCAGUUUUCGAAGUGAUGGAUAGAAAGUCAGGAAUAACAGGAGAUGUUGGAGAAGAAUUGAAAACAGUGGAGGGAACAAUUGAGCUUAAAAGAAUCAAUUUCAGCUACCCUUCAAGGCCAGAUGUGAUUAUUUUCAAGGAUUUCAACCUAAGAGUUCCUGCAGGCAAGAGUGUUGCUCUAGUGGGGCAAAGUGGUUCUGGUAAAAGCUUUGUGAUUUCCCUUAUCCUCAGAUUUUUUGAUCCAGUAUCCGGAAGGGUGUUAGUUGAUGAGCCAGCUCUUUUUGCCACAUUAAUUUAUGAAAACAUACUCUAUGGAAAAGAAGGUGCCUCUGAUUCAGAAGUGAUUGAAGCAGCUAAGCUUGCCAAUGCUCAUAACUUCAUUAGUGGUCUUCUUGAGGGCUACUCCACCACAGUAGUUUUUCCCCCACAUUUAUAG